UAUUUAAACAAACUUCAGUCUUGCUUCAAAAUGUCCCUCUGUGCAUCUUCUCACAAGGAUUUUUCUCAGUUGCUGCCACUUCAGGAUAUUGGAUGUAAUAAAACAGAAAUUAAAAACUCGCCCGCUGGUAUCAGCUCUCCAGUUCCCUACAGCUGUAAUCAGUCCACACUGACAGCAGAACAAAGUCCGAUCUAUAUUCCUUCGUCUUACGUGGAAAACAGACAUGAAUAUUCUGCAAUGGCGUUCUGCAGUCCUGCUAUGAUUAAUUACAACAUUACCAGCAACUUUGGUGAUCCAGAGAGUGCAUCUGUGAGGCAAACGUCAAGCCCAAAUGUGUUAUGGUCUGCUCCUGGCCAUCUCUCCCCCCUGACACUGCACUGUCAGUCAUCGCUUCUCUACGCGGAGCAACCCAAGAGCCCGUGGUGUGAAGCAAGACCAGUGGAGCCAGUGCUACCUGUGACCAGAGAGACAUUAAAAAGAAAAACUAAUGGCAAUGACUGUACAAGCCCAAUUGCAAAUAAUCCUGGUUCAAAAAGAGAUGCCCACUUCUGUGCGGUCUGCAGUGACUAUGCUUCAGGAUAUCACUACGGAGUCUGGUCAUGUGAAGGCUGCAAAGCAUUCUUUAAAAGAAGUAUUCAAGGACAUAAUGAUUACAUCUGCCCAGCUACCAAUCAAUGCACAAUAGACAAAAACAGGCGCAAAAGCUGCCAGGCAUGCCGGCUACGGAAAUGCUAUGAAGUGGGAAUGAUGAAAUGCGGCUCAAGAAGAGAACGUUGUGGAUAUCGAAUCCUGCGCCGCCAUCGCAAUUCAGAAGAUCAAGUGCAUUGCAUUAGCAAAACUAAGAAAUACAAUGAGACAGCCACCCGUGUAAAAGAGAUCCUCCUCAGCACAGUCAGUCCAGAGCAGUUCGUUUUAACUCUACUUGAAGCUGAACCUCCCAAUGUGUUGGUGAGUCGUCCCAGCAAACCAUUCACGGAGGCCUCCAUGAUGAUGUCCCUGACAAAACUGGCAGACAAAGAGCUGGUUCACAUGAUUGGCUGGGCCAAAAAAUUCCUGCCUGGCUUCAUUGAUCUCAGCCUCUAUGACCAAGUGAGGCUCUUGGAGAGCUGCUGGAUGGAAGUAUUAAUGGUGGGUUUGAUGUGGAGAUCAAUUGACCAUCCUGGGAAACUAAUUUUUGCACCAGACCUUGUACUAGACAGGGACGAGGGGAAAUGCGUAGAGGGAAUUUUGGAAAUCUUUGAUAUGCUCCUGGCCAUGACCUCGAGGUUCCGAGAGCUGAAACUGCAGCACAAGGAGUAUCUGUGUGUCAAGGCAAUGAUCCUCCUCAAUUCCAGCAUGUUUCCCUUGUCAGCAGAAGAACCUGAAAGCAACAGGAAGCUGCAUCACCUGCUCAAUGUAGUCACAGAUGCUUUGGUGUGGGUUAUUGCAAAGAGUGGAAUCCCCUCCCAGCAGCAGACAACUCGUCUGGCCAAUCUGUUGAUGCUACUCUCUCAUGUCAGACACGCAAGUAACAAGGGGAUGGAGCACCUGCUGAGCAUGAAGUGUAAAAACGUGGUCCCGGUGUAUGACUUGCUGCUGGAGAUGUUGAACGCACACACUCUCCGAGGGCAGAGGAAGUCCCCAGUCACACACCCGGAAUUUGGCCCAUUAGAACAAAUGGAGGCUGUGGACAGUCUGCGCAGCGGGGCGACCCAGUAA